CAUUCAGCAGCACAUAGAGAUCGGAAGUGAGUAUGAGAUGAGGAGGUGAGAGCAGGAAAAGGAAGAUAAAAAGACAUAAUAGUUUCCCUACAGAGAUUAAACUGCCACAUGUCUGUAACUCCAGUAAAGUCUCAACCUGGAGGAGGAAACACGACCUCCCAAACAGAGCUGCCGGAAGGGGCGGGGCUAUGACGUCACACUCCUGAAGUGAAACUUAAUGUUUGUUGAGCGACAGUCGAGACGAGUCUCUGUGUUUCUGUCCAAAGAAAUAUUAACUCUGCUCGUCGGGGUUUUCUCAACAGCUGACCCACAAACUGAUAUGGCUGCUGCCAGCAAUCUGCCAUCUGAAGAUCAGUUCCUGUGCUCCGUCUGUCUGGAUGUGUUCACUGAUCCAGUCACCACACCAUGUGGACACAACUUCUGCAAGAAGUGCAUCACUGAACACUGGAAUGUGAGUGACAGGUGCCAGUGUCCCAUGUGCAAAGAGGUUUUCACCACCAGACCAGAUUUGAGGGUCAACACCUUCAUCUCUGAGAUGGUUUCUCAGUUCAGACAGUCGGCUCAACAGAAAGCCAGCAGCAGCAGCUCAGAGCAACAAGAGUCCAAACCAGGAGAAGUUCCCUGUGACGUCUGCACUGGAACCAAACUGAAGGCCCUGAAGUCCUGCCUGGUGUGUCUGGCCUCCUACUGUGAGACUCACCUGGAGCCUCAUCUGACAAUGUCAGGCCUGAAGAGACAUCAGCUGAUGGACCCUGUGGAGAACCUGGAAGGCAGGAUGUGUACGAAGCACGAUAAACCUCUGGAGCUGUUCUGUAGGACCGACCAGACGUGUGUCUGCAUGCUCUGCAUUGUGUUAGACCACAAGAUGCACAAUGUUGUUCCUCUGAAGGAAGAAUAUGAAGGAAAGAAGGUCGAGCUGGAGAAGACAGAGGCUGAACUUCAGGAGAUGAUCCAGAAGAGACGACUGAAGAUUCAGGAUGUCAAACACAUAAUAGAGCUCAGUGAGGAAGAUGCAGACAGAAAGAAAGCAGAAGGUGUUCAGGUCUUCACUCAUCUGAAGGAGUCUGUUGAGAGAAAACUGAACGAGCUCAUCAAUACGAUAGAAGAGAAGCAGAGAACAACAAAGAAACAGGCUGAAGACUCCAUCAGAGAGCUGGAACAGGAAAUCUCUGAGCUGAUGAAGAGAAGCACUGAGGUGGAGAAGCUCUCCCUCUCUGAAGACCACCUCCACCUCCUCCAGAGUGUCCAGGCCCUAAACAUCCACCAUCCACCACCCACCAAGGACUGGUCUGAGGUCAGUGUUCCUCCAGCAUCAUAUGAGGGGACUGUGAGGAGAGCUGUGUCUCAGCUGGAGGAGACUCUCAGUAAAAAGAUGAAGAAGCUGGUUAAAGCUGAGCUGAAGAGGGUCCAGAAGUUUGCAGUGGAUGUGACUCUUGAUCCUCAAACAGCUCAUCCUCAACUCAUCCUGUCUUAUGACCGGAAACAAGUGAAUGAUAAUGACGUGAGAAAGAAUCUCCCCGACAACCCAGAAAGAUUUUCUCAUUGUGUUUUUGUCCUGGGAAUGCAGAGUUUCUCCUCAAGCAGAUUUUUUUUUGAGGUUCAAGUUAAAGGAAAGACCGAAUGGUAUUUAGGAGUGACCAGAAAGUCGAUCAACAGGAAGGGAAAAAUCUCACUGAGUCCUCAAGAUGGUAACUGGACUCUAUAUUUGAGAAAUGGAAAUGAGUACGCAGCCGCUGCCAAACCUCCAGUUCUUCUCUCCCUGAAGUCUGGUCCUCAGAAGGUGGGGGUGUUUGUGGACUAUGAGGAGGGUCUGGUCUCCUUCUAUGACGUAGAAGUUGCAGCUCUUAUCUUCUCCUUUACUGCCUGCUCCUUCAAGGAGAAACUCCUCCCAUUCUUCAGUCCCUGUCUUAAUCAUGGUGGUAUGAACUCUGCACCUCUGAUCAUCACUCCAGUUGGAGUAAACUAAUCAUUUCUCUCACUUCCGUCAAGGGAACAUACUCAGCCUCAACCCUGUGUGGUCUACAUCUUCUACAUCUUAUCUUCUGUAUCUUACCAUCUACAUCUUAUCCUCUAAAUCAUAUCUUCUGUAUUUUAUCUUCUACAUCUUAUCUUCUACAUCGUAUCUUCUACAUCGUAUCUUCUACAUCGUACCUUCUACAUUGUAUCUUCUACAUCUUAUCUUCUACAUCGUAUCUUCUACAUCGUAUCUUCUACAUCUUACCUUCUACAUUACAUUACAUGUCAUUUAGCUGACGCUUUUAUCCAAAGCGACUUACAAUAAGUGCAUUAAACCAUGAGUCCAAACUCAGAACAACAAGAAUCAAGCAAGUACAAUUUCUUCAAUAACGUUAAACUACAGAGUGCUAUCCAGAGUACUACCUUCUACAUCUUACCUUCUACAUCUUAUCCUCUACAUCUUAUCUUUUGUAUUUUAUCUUCUACAUCGUAUCUCCUACAUCUUAUCUUCUACAUUGUACCUUUUACAUCGUAUCUUCUACAUCGUAUCUUCUACAUCGUACCUUCUAUAUUGUACCUUCUACAUCGUACCUUCUACAUUGUAUCUCCUACAUCUUCUCUUCUACACCUUACCUUCUCCAUCUUAUCUUCUAACUGUAGGGAUGCACAGAUACUCGUACACAUGCAGCCUCGUUCCCUGUAGGUCUCCUUCAUCAACUACUCUCUCAGUGAGGUUGUCAGCUGUGUGCUAUGAAAUGGUAUUAUUUUGUGCUAAUAUCGAUAAUCGGUGUUCAAAUGCUCAUGUAAAAAAAUAACGAUAUUGGUGCGUCCCACAUUUACUGUGAUUGAUUGACACUUCCUUUAUUAUAUGUAUCCCAUUACAUGGUCAACACGUCUCUCUGACCCUGGAUCACGACUCACGUUGUUAAAUCUAAUGACAUUUAUUUUCUCUGCCAGAAGAAAUCAUUGUUUCUAAAAGACCCCAAAUAUGUCAUGCUGCAGUUUGAGUAAAUUAGCAAAAGAACAAAAGGAAAUGCACACUAAAUAUCUUGAUUAUUGUUUUAUUUGUUUUUUCUAUCUGAUGUGCAGCCGCAGAAAACAUAUUGCUGAUGAUUUCAUCAUUAAGAGUAAUAAUUAUGACGUUGUUUAUAGCGUCUACAGAAUAAAGUUUGUGUCAUUGUAAUACUGGACAUAAAAAGUUAAUUACCAAAGUAGACGGCAUUUUAUACUUGGUUUGAAUAUGGGUUUGAUUGAUUACUGGUCCCUUUUUGUUAUGAGUCAAAGAAAUCUGUAAAUAUAUGAUUGUUGAUUUAAAAGUUGUUUUUGUUGACAUCGCAAGGCAUUGUGGGAUUCCAGGCAAUGCGGAACAGACCGGCGACGCAGAAACUUGAAUUGUUGAAAGUGUUUACUUGAUUCUUAACUUUGAACGUUAUUUUUGCCUGAACACGAACGCCACGCCCGAGAGUGAACCGGGGUGAGGAGUGACCGGCCUGAUGAAGUGUCAUAUUUGCCUCAGGAAAAAAAAACUUGCAUCACGCUGAUUGUUUGAGUGAACUUUGUCAAUGUAAAAAUGUUCUACUGAUGUUUUUCACAGCUGCUGUCAAAGUUUU